GAAUUUGCAUAGAAAAAAUACAUUAAUUAUGAUAUACAUAUUAAUAUCCAUUUUGCUAUAUUUUGAUAAAGGGUUAAUUGCAAGGUUGGUCACUGAGAUUACUAAAAACGUUCAUGUUUGGUCACUGAAAAUAUUUAAUUUCAUUCGUGGUCACUUAAAUUAGUUAAACACUUCAUGUUUGGUCACUCUCCGUCCAACUCCGUUAACUUUUGCUUACGUGGCGGUCAACUUUAAAAGUUGACCGUUAAAUGUGUGACAUGGCAAUUAAAAAUAAUAAAAUAAAUAAAAUUUAAUUUUUAAAAAUUUCCACCUAGGAUGUGAGUAAACUCAACAAGUGGAACUUGACUGACACUUUCGCAAUUGGGCCGGUGUUACAUGCGCCGACAACAGAGUUGUCGAGCUCCGUUUCUCCGGAUGGGUCUCCCCGGCGAGCUCUCUCUCCGACUGGGCAACCUCACCCAACUCAAUACUCUUUCUGUUCGUUUCAACGCGCUUAGGGGAGCAUUCCUACCGACAUCACAAAAGAAAACAAAACUUCAUCCAUCAAUUAGAUACAAGCAGCCACCUUUCGCCAGCCUUAACGAUCUGAUCAUCACCAAAGCCGAAGGAAGGGAGGUAAAUCGUUUGCGUGCCUCACUCAUUCUCUCUCCUUUGUCUCCACAGGCAAUGAAUUAACGAUGAACCCGUAAAAAAUAAAAAUGAAAAACUAAAAGGGUUCUCCCUUGUCUCUAUCUUCUCUCUAGUGUAAUGGCAGCCGCAGGGGGCAGAAUGGGGACCAUCCUUAAUAAUAAAAAAUAGAACGGCGACCAUCUUCGCUGUCGUCGACAGGAAUGGUGCUGGACAGUGUGGAGAUCGACAACAUUGUGGACGUGCCAAUCAACGACACGCCGCCGAGCAAGCCACAACUGCACAGAAUGUCGGCCAACAAUUUCAGGGAGUCAUUUUGGAGGACGACGAGUAACUUUGGCAACUUCGGUAUGUUGUUCCGCAGGACCAGCAGCAGCGUGCUGAAGAAAAUCGCUGAGAUCUCGCCCGACGGGGGUAAGAGCACCGCCACUGAGACUGGGAGGUAGCAGCGGGUGCAGAGGAGGGUGUCGUCCGAUGCCAGCCGGGCGGUCGGGAUCUCCGGGGAAGGGAUCUUCCUACCGAGGAAGGAGUGGGAGGAGGAUGCCCGGCGGUGGCUGUUGAGGAAGAUUGAUCUCACCGGCCACCUACGAGACGACGGGUUGUGUGAUUGUCGACUAUCUGGUUAUUCACAUCGAAAAUGUGAAAAAAUUAUAUUUUAUUUAUUUUAUUAUUUUUAAUUGCCAUGUCACACAUUUAACGGUCAAUUUUCAAAGUUGACCGUCACAUAAGCAAAAGUUAACGGAGUUGGACGGAGAGUGACCAAACUUGAAGUGUUUAACUAAUUUAAGUGACCACGAAUGAAAUUAAAUAUUUAUAGUGACCAAACAUGAACGUUUUUAGUAAUCUCAGUGACCAACCUUGUAAUUAACCCUUUUGAUAAAAGAAAAAUUGAACUCUUCCAAAUACGUCUCAGUUGUAGUAUUAUCACUGUCAUACCAAUUAUAUCAUAGUGAUAUGACAGUGAUAUGGUGACCCAUCUUCUUCAUUUCAAGUCAAAAUAAAAAAAAAGCUGUAUAGAGAGAAUACAUUCAUUAAGAUCUACAUAGUGAUAUAAAUUUUGAUAUGUUUUGUCAAGCUCAAUACCUCAUAUCAACAUUAUGUCACUCUCAUACCAACAUCAUUUCACUAUCAUAUCAACAUUAUAUCACUAACAUAUCAACAUCAUACCACUAUCAUAUAUCUGGAAAACAUUUGCUAAAAAAAAUGAAAAUGGAUAUAAUCUUGUACAGCACAAAAAUAUGAUUUUCUUGUGCAAUUUUUUUUUUGAAAUCCAAUGGAAAUUGAAUGCACUAUGGUCCGUUGAAUUUUCAUUCAAUAUUUGACAAAUGCCUUUAAAGCUCUCUGGAAAUCCGCAUCCAGCUAAGAAAAGAGAAGAUGGAACACAUAGAACCCGACCACACAGGAACAAGGCUCGCCCAACUAUUUUCAUGUCAAAAAUACCCCUACUCUUCCUUGACCAUCAUAUCCACAACUAAGAGAAUGGACUUUAUUAGCUAAAAAAGUCUGCAACUUUGUUGCAUUCACGAUAGCAGUGGGAGAUGUGCAUCUCCCAGUUCUUCUAACGGAGCUCCUGGAAUUGUCGGAUCAAGUUAGAAUACCUCGAGCAUCCUUGAUCUGUCGCUGUUAACAAGUUGAAGGCUGCCAAUAAGUCAGUCUUGAGUAAGACUUUUCUAUGACCUUGCUCCCACGCAAGCUAUAGACCAAUAACAGCUCCUUUAAUUUAUGCUCUUGUUAUGGUGCAUGUCCCAGGAUUGGCUGCAAAGGCUUCUAGACAUUGGCCUAAACUGUUCCAAAGUAAGCCACCAGCUGCACCUCGAGAAUCUGGUUGUCGUACACAUCCGUCAGUGUUGAGUGUUGACCAGAAUCCAAUUGAUAGGUGAGCUUCCCAGGCCAACUCAUGGGUUGAUUUCCUAUGUUGUUGAAUGUUCAGUUGGCUGGUGCUAGUUUGUGCCUGAAUGAUUGUUCUCGUCCAGCAACUGAUACUCUGUAAGAGUAUGUUGACAUCUUGAUAUUUGUUGUCAAAGAUCCCUUCAUUUCGUCUCUUCCAUAGGUACCAUGUUGUAACUCCAAACAACAAGCUCUUGUCCUUGUCAAGCAAGUGCGAAGACAACUAUUAUGCAAAACUAACAACGACAUUACUAUGAUUAUCUUUGAUUCCCAGAAUGUGCCAUACCUGUUUUGCUUGUGGGCAGCUCCGAAGAAUAUGUUCCACCGUUUCAGACUCUUGUUUACAAAAUGCGCAAGUAUCCGAUGUGCAUAACUUCCUUCAUUUCCUCUACAAAAUAGUUUUGCAUGAGAUCCUCGUCCGUUUUUAAUCCCCAAAACUGUAAUUAAUACAAAAAAAUUUAAAUACCGAAAAUACUCUUACAGACCGUUUGGUACCAAAUGAAUCGAGAAUUCAUUUCAUUUUAAAAUGAAUUACUGUGUAGAAU